UUUUCCCUCAUGAUGUAGUCGUUGUUCAGAUCACGCUCUGUCGGCUCUAGACGCGUGGCUAAACUAUCAGACCUACCCCAUGAGCACAAGGUUGGUUAAACCCUUGUCUUCAACUUAUCGCCAUUGCACCAUGAGCACCUUCACUCCCACAUCGGCGCCGGUGCGCAUGAAUAAGCCGACCCUCGCUCUCGACCGACCCGUUUCCCAUAUCCCAAAGGCUCAACUCAUUAAUAUAAAGAGGCGGACUGUUCCUCAUCAAGUCAUGAUCUUCGUUACUAUCCUCCACGACACAGUCCUUUACCACUCAGAGCUAUAACUGCUCGUUUCCACUCCUUGCCUUGAUUUUUGAUUUACAUUGUACAUACUUUUAUAUCAUUGUAUAUAAUACAUAUUAUAAUCUCCCAUCAUGUUUGCGAAACUCCUAGCUUGUGCCUUGGCAGCCACGUCUGUCAUCGCUGAGGGCGUCCCAGGUUACGGCGGCUAUUAUGUCAAAUGGCAGGAGAACUUCAACGGCCCGGCCGGCGCCCUGGUGAACGAAGGUAACUGGAACAUCAUCGAGCGUUCCCCGGGCAGCAACUCGAACAACGAAUGGCAGUCAUACACCAGAUCAAACCAGAAUCACCAGCUCUCGGGUGGCGCCACUCUACAGAUUGUCCCGCAAAACAACGGCGGCUGGACCUCUGCUCGCCUCGAGUCCAAGUACGUGUUCACGCCCACCGACGGACGCCGGACCAUCAUAGAGGCCAAAAUCCGCUUCGGCAACAAUGGGCCGGGCAACAAGAAGGGCAUCUGGCCGGCGUUCUGGAUGCUGGGAGACUCGGCCCGGCGUGGCACGCCCUGGCCGCAAUGCGGCGAGGUCGACAUCAUGGAGGCGAUCAACGGCGUGACGACGGGUUACGGUACAAUACACUGCGACGUCGCGCCCGGCGGCAUCUGCAACGAAUGGAGCGGCCUCGGCGGCAACAUCGGCUUCGGCGACAACGGUUGGCACACCUGGCGCAUCAUAAUCGACCGCACGCCGGGCAACUGGGUCGACGAGAGCAUGACGUGGUACAGAGACGGCGCGCAGUUCAUGCAAGUCACCGGCGGCCGCAUCAACAACGUCAACGUGUGGAACUCGCUCGCCACGAGCCCGCAGUUCAUAAUCCUUAAUGUCGCUGUCGGCGGCGACUGGCCUGGUGCGCCGAAUGGAGAUACCCGCGGCAGCUGGGGCAGCGAGAUGGAGGUUGCUUAUGUUGCCGUUUAUGAGUCUACCUAGACUAAGCGCUCUAUCACACACAGACACAUAUUCUCUGUUAAUCGCCUAAUAUGGAUACCCAACGAAGCAUCAUGGAUUCAUGCAUGUUUGGACGGCGCUUUCGUUGUCUGUCCUGGGCAUCUUUAACACGCGUCUUGUUUCAUUUGGCUUUCAUGUUUUCCUGCAUCUCAGCGCAUGCAUCACCAGCGGGGGAGUUCUGGGAUCGAGGGACUGGCAUGACAUGGCAUUCACGAUGACAUGUUACGGAGUUCUGGUUUCCGAGCGCCGCGUUGCAUACCCACACUCGCUUUAUUUUUUCUAUGAUUUAUAUGCUGGUUUGAUUAACUAGCCAUGUUAUACUUUUGCGCACCUUAUACCUUCUUUGCAUAUAUUUACCUACUUGGGUACCUAUGUAGGUAUCUUGGACAUAACUUUUCCCUUCUUGCACAUACUUUUACUUGUCGAUAGGCAAAGAUAUAUAUACCUGUAUAUAGCAUUUAAAUACAAUUACAAU